CGACAAACUCCAAUCUAAGAACUCUUUCUUACGAUUUCUCACGCACACAAUGCCUCCCAAAAAGGUUCCUCCUCCUCCCUCAGCAACAGGCGACGAAGGUACGCCUUCAAAGCAGGAUGCCGUCUUCAGAGAGGGCAUCAACAUCGAGGACUUGAAUUUACCGAAGAGUAUUGUGACGAGAUUGGCAAAGGGCGUACUCCCACCCAACACGCAGAUUCAAGGAAAUGCAAUGUUGGCAAUGACCAAAAGCGCGACGGUCUUUGUGAAUUAUAUUGCCAGCCAGGCAAACGAGUUCGCUUCAGCAUCUAAUCGAAAAACGAUUGCACCUCAGGAUGUGUUUGCUGCGUUAGACGAAGCACAAUUUGCAGACUUUAAACCAAGAUUAGAGGCUGAGCUCGCGAAGUUCAACGAAACACAGGCCGAAAAGAGGAAUGCGUACAAGAACAAAGUUGCCAAUAAAGCUGCAGGCCAGUCUGGGGCUGGCGAAGACGACGAGGGCGACAGUUUGAUGGAUAGAGAAGGACAACCAGCUUCGAAGAAGGCGAGGUUAGAUCACGACGACAGUGCUAUGGACGUGAGUGAGAUGACGGAAGGCUAUUCGCGGGCAGAUCAUACAGCAGAUGAAGAGGGUGAUGAUGGUGGGGAUGAAACAGAAGAAGACGAGGAAGACGACGAAGGAGACCAAGAGCGUCUAGAAGUUGAAGAGCAACUGGAGGGGCCUGAGGAACCAGAGGAUCAGGACGAAGCACUGGAUAAUGGGGACGAUAGCGAGUAAUCGGCGAUGGGUGGAGUUAUGGUAUGGCUGCAUUUGGGACUUGGAGUUGACUGGAAAAGCGACGUCUGGUUCAAUGUACGAUCUAUUACGAAGCGCCAUAUGCGGCACUCAUUCGACGUCGGCCUCAUGGUAUAUGGGUGAAAACCACGUCGUGGAACGUUCAUCCUACGUGUCAAGCGAUAUGCUGGAGAGCAUAAGUUCCUACGAGCUUCCAACCAAGCACGACAACGCGGAGCAAACUGCAAAAUAUUCGUCUCUAUGCAUCGAGAGC